CCAGCUCCUAAAACGCCGAUGGGCUUGCUCCAUCUGAGGGUGAUGCGUCCCCAAGUGCCCAGGCGGCCCCCACGGGACAGCGGCCAUCACCGCGGAGCCCGGCGCCCGGAUCGGCUGGGCCUCACCCCGCGGGGCCCCCGAGAGGCUGAACGCAGCUCCCUUGGGGCUGCCAGGCCAGCAGCACGACUGGCCCGGCCGCCCUGCAAAGUCCCAGGAGCAGAGGCCGCCGGGGGCUGCACCCCUGCCCAGCGUCCACAGGGCGGCCGUUGUGCAGCCGAUGAUGGGGAGGCGCUCGAGGCCUUCUCCACGGGGUCGGGACAGCUGUGAACAUUCCCUGUGGCUCCGGGCAAAGUACCAAGAAGCAGCAAGAAGCCCGAUCGCCCGCUGGCGGGACCUCAUCAGCCUGGGCAGAGUCAGCUUAUGUGUUUCCUUUAAACCAAUCUUGGUUCGAAACAAGUAUCUCUCGCUGGGCAGGACACGCAUCUCUACCACUUGGCCGGGACGCCGGUGGGACCACAAGCCAGGGUUGCCGGGGCACCUGGGGGACCCGCCUCCCGGGAGGAACAUCUGUCAGCCGGGGUCAGGGAGGCUCUGGGCUCUGAAACGCUUGCGUUUGGAUUUCCCACCGUGCUGUCUGUCACCGAUCCAGGCAUGUCCCGUGAGCGAGACACGAGGCUCUGCCGGUCUGCCCGCCGUGUCUCCUCCCGUGGCACCCAGCGAGGACUCUGGGGCUAUGGUUCCCUGGAGCCCACGGGCCCAGUCCAGGGACAUGUUUCUUGCCCCCAUGGGGUUAGUCUCAGCCUCUGGAGCCCAAGGACGUGACUUCUGGGGGCUCCGUCCUGGGCUGCCUCCCUUCCUGCUGUUCCCCGAGCCUGCCCACCUGCAGCCGUGGAACCUCCUUUACCAGCUGACUGAUGGCCCCGCGAUAUCUGGUUACAGAUUCUUCCCACAGAAGUGCGCUCUCUUCCCAUGGUUGACGUUUGCUGCAUCCACGGCAAAACGCUCCGAAGGCCUAGAGAGUCGAGCCUGCCUCCCGGGCCGUUGCGAGCGCAGGCGUGAGCGGCCUGGGGUCACUCACGGGCCAGGCCAGGCCCCUGGUCUCUGUUUUGUGUCCAGGUACAAUGUAAAUAAAAGCAUGCAUUGUUCAAAGAAAACCUUAUUCAUUCUACCAAAUACUUUUUGCUUUCUUGGGACACACCUUUUUCUAUGUCAGAAACAAACACCUUAUUUAUCUUCAUCCUCAGAUGUCCUGACAAUGUCUAAUUAAACUGUCACUUAUGGGAGGAAAUGUUUUAAACACAUUUCCUUGUGACUCAGGGAGUCGUUGAUUAUAUAAAUGUGUUAGGGAAUAAAGUGAUGAAUCUGUAAUUUAAACAAAUCACAUGAGGGCAACGCCGGCCUCUCGGAGGAGCAGAGUGGACCCAGGCAGCAGCAGAACAAA